AUGGCUCGCGCAGCUUCCCGUCGGCAAGUCAAGCCUGCUGCUGCCACGACAGUGACCAACCUCAUCAGCAAGUACGGCCGAGUCUCCAAGACACAACCUGCCCCUGUAGACGACGCCUCAAAGAAGGUCUUCUUCAUCGGCCUGCCCUCCUCUCUUCCCAUCGCCAAGACGGAAGUCAAGACAGAGAUCAAGCUCGAGUCCAGCCUGGAAAGAGCCCUCCCGCCUCAGCCUGCAGCGACGCCCUCAAAGAAGCGCAAGGCAAGAUCAAUCGACGAGGACGUCUCACCGAGAGAUGCGAGAAGCGACGCCCCGGGAUGCGAGUCUCUGAAGCGUCAGCGAGUCUUGAAGAAUAGCAAGGACGAGCCUGUCCCCAUCAAGCUCGAGGCCGCCCCCACAACCGCAACCACCGCUGCUUCUACACGAAGGAGUACGGCAUCACCAGUCGCCGACAGCCGCCGAAAGACUCGCGAGUCGGACGUCAUCUCCCAAGCAAAGACCGAAGUGCGCAAGGCCAACCAAAAGAUCAAGCGAACAAAGAAGCACAAUGCCACAAAGUCAGAGGUCAAGGAGGAGGCUGUCAAGAAGCAGCUGCCUACCGAGUUACUAGAGCUCCUGGACCUGCAACGCGCAAUCCUCAAGACUGUUUCGCUUCAGCUCGUGCACCAGAACAACAACGCACCGCUUGAUAUCAGCUCCAUCACACCUCACGUAGCUCGCACAUGGGGAAAGAGGAGAGUCACAGUGGAUGACAUUCGGAGAUGUAUUGCCAUCCAAGACACAAAGACUCAAGGCCAGGAGGAUGGGUCACUUGGCUCUCCCUUCAUCGUCACUGACUACGGUCGCGGCAAGCUCUGCCUCGAGAUGGAUCUCACCAAGAACACUGGCCGCAUUGACGAGAAUGAGCUCUGCCAACAAUUCGAGAAGAACCUCCACAUCAUGUGCUCCCAGCGCGCCAUGGAUGAGAUGUCAGAUCUCGACAUCUGCUUCGAGAACCUCAGUUUCAACGACCUGCCCAAGUCCGAUAUUACUGUUCGUCACACGACCAUGUCGGAAAACCCCAUGUUCGCCAAGGGCCAACGCGCCUUGACUGGAAUCAAGAACGACAUCCUCAAGAAGCAAGAGAGGGAGACGCAAAUCCAAGCAGCCAAGUUCCCGGCGCUCAACCCCAAUGGCACCAAGAUGAGCCUCCUCGACAGACUCCGAGCCAAGGAGGAAGCCAACGCCAACAUCCAGCUCCCCACUGGGCCCGAAAUCGCGAGGAAGCGGGCGCUGCAGCGCGUUGGUGACAUCUCCGCCGUCCUUUCCAUGCUUGUGUCGUCGUCGAAUGCGGCCGGACAAAUGGUUGUGUCCUUCACCAUGACUGUUCUGCAGCAGAAGCUCAAGGACUCUCUGCGCGUCCCCAUGCCUGUGGAGGAAGGUGUCGAUGCGGUACGUUUGAUUGCCAAGGAGGUCGCACCAGAAUGGUUGAGGGUUGCCACGGUCGGUGGUAAGGAGCAUGUCGUCAUCCAGACGAGACGCAAGCCGUACGAGGCGGAGCUCGCCGCGCGAGUUGACCGACUUUUAGCAUAG